AUGGCGCUUCUCCCGGCUGAGUGGGGCCUUGAUGUCUUCCAGGACAGGAUGAUGGGGGAGCUCCACGCGCAGGGGAGGUCGGCCGACGACAUCCGCGAGUGCCUCAGGAGCGCGCCGCUCGACGCGCACGUCCUCUCCGCCAUCCGGACGGCGUCGGCAUUAGGGUGUGAUUUGAAGGUGGUGAGCGACGCCAACUCCUUCUUCAUCGAGACCGUCCUGGAGCAUCACGGCGUCCUCGGCUGCUUCUCUGAGAUCAACACCAACCCCGCGCGCGUGGACGCCCAAGGGAGGCUCAGGAUCUCGCCGUUCCAUGAUCCCACCAGCUCGCCCCAUGGUUGCAGCCUGUGCCCUGACAACAUGUGCAAGGGCAAGAUAAUCCAGAGGAUUCAAGGGACAGACAGUGCCAAGAACAAGCACUUCAUCUACAUCGGUGAUGGGAAGGGGGAUUACUGCCCCUCUCUUAAGCUAGGGGAAGGGGACUAUGUCAUGCCAAAGGAGAAUUAUCCCCUCUGGAGUCUCAUCAGCAGCGAUCCCCAGCUUAUCAAAGCUGAGGUUCAUCCAUGGUCUAGUGGCGAGGAAUUCGAAAGGAUCCUGCUUAAGCUGGUGAACAAGCUGAUCACCUCACAUGCACAGGGGUCCCAAUUGGACUACAAAUGUGACAUGAGCAAUCCAAUAUCAAUGGAAGUGGGUCACCAUCAGACUCUCCCUAUCCCAAAUUGA